AUGUUAAAGAAGAGACAGGAAUUGGAGGAGCAGAAGUUCCGCCUAAAGCAGGAAGAGUUGCGUCUUGAUUUAGAAGCCGAGAUUGCAAAGACAGCAGCAAAAGAACAAGCCUUGGCAGCUAUAGUAACACAGCCACCCCCUUCCAUGAAUCUAAAGCCCAUGAAGUUGGAGAGGGAAUUUAAUGGCAAAGAAGAAUUUAGUCCACCUCCGCGCGUGCAAAGCCAUACAGCUUUAAAUCCACUGGCACCCUAAUGGCCAUAAGCCAGAGCUGCUGUUUCCGUCCCAACGUUGCAACGAAAACAAAAUGCUCUGCAGAUCCAGCAGAAUCAGAUCAUGGAAAUGCUGGCAGCCAAUCAGAACAAAAGCACACCUCCCCAGCCUCGUGCCCCAACAUUUGAUGGCAAUCCUUUGGAGUAUCACACCUUUGUUCGUUCCUUCGAGAGCUUAAUUGAAUCAAGAACGUCUAUUUGUACGGAAAGACUGUAUUACUUAGAACAGUACACUGCUGGGGACAUAAAGGAGCUCAUACAUUCGUGUCAUCAUUUGCCACCUGACGAAGGGUACCGCGAGGCCUACAGGCUGAUGAAAAAGAAAUUUGGUGACGAGUUUAGAAUUUCGUCUGCAUACGAAUCCAAAGCAUUGAAUUGGCCUCCCAUUAAGCCCGAGGAUGGAACAGCUCUCACUAGAUUCUCUAUCUACCUAGCUAGCUGUAGAAACGCGAUGAAGGGCAGCCAGUAUUCUUCCAAGUUCGAUCAGCCGGACAAGAUUCAGAGACUAGUCCUCAAGCUUCCAUACAAUAUGAGAGAAAGAUGGCGUUGGCUUGUAGAUGACAUCAUGGAGCUGUAG